UUGAUGCGCUUGGAAAUGCAAAGCCGGCCAGAAGAGGCUUCUCUGUUGGUACCUGUUGUUUACUAUUAUGGUUUCCUGGGGUUCACUUCGAGUGGCGUGAAGAAAAUGCUGCCUGGUGAAAUCACUGGAAUUAGGGAUUUGCUUUCGAGAUUGGAAAAUGAUGUCGUGUACGCCUUGGCCGACACAGCCACGAAACGAGCACUCGCUUUCACUUCAGUCAAUGAUGCCAUCGAUGCAAUUAUACUUCAUUCAGAGUCUGCCUUCUGGUUCUUGAAUCGCAAAAAGUUAACCAGAGCUAUUCUGUUUGAGUAUCUCAAUGCAAGGAAAAUACCCAUCAGUGGACAAGCUGAGAAAGCUGCUCUCAUCGCUCGAACACUAGAGCUUUGGAAUUCUGAACCAAAACAGAUUGCUGCUGUUGUGUCACCCACAUCAACUGUUUCCAUCAGUCAUCAAGAACCUCCACCUUCGACACCAGAAAUGGGUCUCCAAUUCACCAAAUGGUUUUAUGAGUUGCUCUUUGCAGUUCACAAGCAAUCUGCCAUUGGUACACAAUUAUCUGAGCAGUUUUGGAGAGAUGCGAGACUGAAAAUCACUUUGAAUUCUUCUGCUGCAACUGACUGUCAAGAAAUGAUAGGCUCAGAUGAGGCUGCCAAUCUACUUCAAAUGCUGUUGUGCCAACAUGGAUUUCUUCUUAAUCCAAACCUCAGUUCGAACGGAGUUCGAGAAAGGAAGGACCCACAUGGUAUGGUCAUCAUAGGAGUUUGUGGAACAGCUCAUCAAUACGACAAUUGCAGUGGGAUUUUCGAACAGGUUUUUGGGUUAGUGCAGGAUCCUCAUCAGGAUUUCAAUUGGAAAAUCAAGUGGUCAGAGCUUAGAAUCACUCAAGCUACUGUGAAUCGAUUGCCGUGUCUCAAUGAUUUGCCAGAAUUACAGGCACUAUUGUGACAAUUCCAUGAUAUGAAAACCAACCGUUAACGUGUGUCCAUUUAUAUUUAAUUCAAACAGAAAAAUGGUAUUUCUUACCGAUUUAAUGGAACACCUUUUAAUUUUUUCCUCCUACUGUAAAGGCGUCUCUGUACAGCUCAUCGGUGAAAAUUUAAAAAUUAUUGUAAUUACAAAUGCUGCUUUUCCUAAUAGUGUUUUCAAAUCUGAUUGCUCUUCUGGUGUUUGUCUUAUCCGGUUAUGCCAUUGCAAGAUAUUACGCACUUUUGUAAUUCUUUAUGUUUGGCAUGAUUGGGUUGAAUCCAAUUAAUAGAUUCAAUGACUUUAAGCACCAGUUUUAAAUUUAAGGCUUUACAAACUUUGUUCAAGAAAUUAUUCACAGAAAUCAACAAUUUCGGCACGAAUAUUUGUAAAGUAGAUUCAAACCCAAACUGAAUUAAAAAAAAAAAAACGAAAAAUAAUUAAAAAAAUAAUUUAAUCAAAUUAAAUUUGAAUCCUGGACCUUAGUCUGUUCCAGUAAUCCAGAUUCCAGUGUAUGCGUGUAUGCUGCCGUAUGUAAAAAAAAAACAUUAAAUCUUAAAGUCUAUUUGAUUCUGGUAAUUCUGGCAGCGCUGUCAUGGUGAUUUUCACGAAAUACGAGAAAUAGAGCAGCCAUAAGGUUUAUGUAUUUGUCAUUUUGUCCAGUUUUAAAAAUGGAGCGAAGCACCAACGCCAAGAGAAAGAAAGGAGAACCACCGUUGAUACCUCGUGCUGGUAUUAAUCAAACAACUUUCAGAAUAUUGCUUACUGGCCCUGGAGAUGUCAUACCAGUCCUGGCAAGACACAUGAAGAAGUGCUUUAAUGAAAAACAUAAAAUCACUAACUUGAAAAUUCACCAUGCUGUUUCACUCACUGAAGAAAUUGCUUUGAAACUAAGUAGUACUGGUCUUCAUGCUGCUGUGCUGUGUAUAGAUCCCUCAAAUUUAAUGACAAAGUCACAUGUUCGAGAAAAUUUAAGAUAUUUGGAUUAUAAUAUAAUAUCCACUUCAAUGUACGUCCUUAACCUUGUCCAUCCAUUGCCAGUUAUACAUCAGACUGUGGCUGAUACUGUAACAAAGCUGUCCAUAACCUACAAUACUCAUGUUAUCCACAUUCAUUAUGAAGAUGAAGAGAGUGUAAAGUUUGGAUUAGAUCGUGUGUGUACAGUAGCUUUACGUGGAGCCAAGUUCAUUUAUGGCAAUGAGCCUCCAUUUUUCAACAGCAUUGAUUUUUCAGAGUUAAAGAACUUGAUAUAUUGACAUAUUCUUCAGAAAAUACAAAUAUUUUUCUCAUAA